AUGGGUUCUCUUGUGCUGUUACUAGUCUUGAUUCCUUUGGUUGGAAGUAUUUCCAUUGAUUAUUACACUAAACGUCAAGUGAUCUUGGAGACGGAGAAGAAAUUGUCCACUGGAGGAAAUGCCUUUUUCACAGCAAAAGAACUUAAAGCCGACGAAGUUCUCAUGAAGCUUAAGAACAAAACAAUAGCCGAUGGAGUUUCCAACUCCAAUUCAUAUGCACCAUCGAUGCACUUCUUCCGAGCGAAGCCAAUCAUCGACAACAGCAGUAUUUUUAGAAUCAUAAAAGCAUUGCCCAAAGGAUCGGUACUGCACCUUCAUAAUAACGCAGCAGUCAGCUCCGAAUGGAUCAUCAAAAAUCUGACCUAUAGGCCAGAAGCAAAACUGUGCGAACAUCAAGGCCAAAUCUUUUUUACCGUCCGAAAGACCGAAUACUGCCCGGAAGAAUCUCUCAAAUCAAUACAGACACUCCGGGCCAGAAAUGGAUCAGUUGAGCUGUUCGACGCAUGGUUGGAGUCAUUCAUCAACCUAAAAAAGGUGGACCCAAAGCUUAUCCAUGCCGACAUCAACACGGUCUGGAUGGAGUUCGAGAAGAUGUUUUCCGUCGUCCGCGAUUUACUUAACCACAGACCAUUUUUCGAGGCAUUCCACAUGCAGCUGUUGAAGGAGUUCUAUGAAGACAACGUACUUUACAUAGAACUUCGGAUAGCCCUGUCGAAGCUGUACGAUUUUGACGGGAAGACCUACGACGAGGCCCAGGUGACCACCAUCCUUGCAAAUUUGAUCGAGAGCUUCAAACAGAGUAAUCCAGGGUUCGUCGGCGCAAAGGUCAUAUUUUCUAAACAUCGCGGAAUAGAUAGUGGAACCGCGCAGGAUCUGCUGAAGUCAUUUGUCAAACUGAACAAGGAGUUCCCGAAGUUGGUGGUCGGGUUCGAUUUGGUCGGCCAAGAAGAUAUCAACAAACCGUUGACAACAUUUUUGGACGAGUUACAGCAGUUCAGACAAACCACUCCGUAUUUUUUCCAUGCUGGUGAAACAAAUGGCUACGGCAGCGAAGCCGAUCUGAAUCUGAUUGACGCUGUUUUGCUCGAUACUCGACGCAUCGGUCACGGGUUCUCGCUCUACAAGCAUCCGGUGCUGCGGAAAAUGAUCAAAUCGGGAGGCAUUGCACUGGAGAUUUGUCCCAUAUCGAAUCAGGUGCUCCGUUUGGUGGACGAUCUUCGGAACCAUCCAGCGGUGUCUUACGUUUCGGAAAGCAUACCCAUUGUGAUAUCCGCGGACGAUCCCGGAUUUUGGGACAGCAAGGGUGUUAGCUAUGAUUUUUACUACGCUUUGAUGGCAAUUGCUCCGAGCACGACCGGGAUUGGUUUUCUGAAGCAAAUUGUUUGGGAUUCAGUGAGAUAUAGCUCGUUAACAUCUGAGGAGCGAACAGAGUAUUCGGAAAUUCUUCAACCAAAAUGGGAACAAUUUCUAGAUGACCUCAUUGCUGGAAAAUUUGUCUAAAACACGUUUCUACAUGAACGAUUUAAAUAACACAAUACACAUCUAAUAUCACAAUCACUGAGGCUGUAACUUCUGUUGGAUGAAAUUCCUGCAGCAUAUCACAAUUUGGUCAUAGCACCGUCUGAACCCGUGUAUUCCACUUUC